UCGCCUCUGCUGCUGCCAGAUCAAUGAGCUCCCUCCGGCUGGGGCGGUAGGAGCAGCCCGGCUCCGCGGCGGAUCCCCGGGGCGGAAGGGGGAGCGACAGGCCGUGCGUGGACCUCGGGCUCGACGGAGGGAGAGAGCCAGUCCGCGCCGCCGCCGCCUCUGCGCGCUGCCAGGGUGCUGCCCAUCCCGAGGGGAGCUGGGGGCUUAGGCGGGGCGAUGAUUUUCCCCAGCAGCAGCAGCAGCAGCAGUAACCCGGCGGGCGGCAGCAGGGCUCCCUAUAGGAAACAGCCGUCCAUUGUACCAUCCCACCCAAUGGCUCCUCCUAGUCCCAGCACCACCAGCAGUAAUAACAACAGCAGUAGCAGCAGCAACUCUGGUUGGGAUCAAUUAAGUAAAACAAACCUUUAUAUCAGAGGACUGCCUCCAAACACCACUGACCAGGACCUGGUAAAAUUAUGCCAACCAUAUGGGAAAAUUGUAUCCACAAAGGCUAUUUUGGAUAAGACAACAAACAAAUGCAAAGGUUACGGUUUUGUAGAUUUUGAUAGCCCAGCAGCUGCUCAGAAAGCUGUUUCUGCUCUGAAGGCUAGUGGAGUCCAAGCUCAGAUGGCAAAGCAACAAGAGCAAGAUCCAACUAACUUAUAUAUUUCCAAUUUGCCACUGUCAAUGGAUGAGCAGGAGCUUGAGAAUAUGCUCAAGCCUUUUGGGCAAGUUAUCUCUACAAGGAUACUUCGUGAUUCCAGUGGUACAAGUCGGGGGGUUGGCUUUGCAAGGAUGGAAUCAACAGAAAAAUGUGAAGCAGUGAUUGCUCAUUUUAAUGGAAAAUUCAUUAAGACACCACCGGGAGUUUCUGCUCCUGCAGAACCUUUAUUAUGCAAAUUUGCAGAUGGAGGACAGAAAAAAAGACAGAAUCAGAACAAAUAUAUACAGAAUGGGAGAGCGUGGCAUAGAGAAGGCGAGGUGAGACUUGCUGGAAUGACGCUUACUUAUGAUCCAACUACAGCUGCUUUACAAAAUGGAUUUUAUCCUUCACCGUAUAGUAUUGCAACAAAUAGGAUGAUCACUCAAACAUCUAUUACGCCGUAUAUUGCUUCUCCAGUUUCUACGUACCAGGUUCAGAGUCCUUCCUGGAUGCAACCUCAACCAUAUAUAAUGCAGCACCCUGGUGCAGUAUUGACUCCCUCCAUGGAUCACACUAUGUCACUACAGCCUGCAUCCAUGAUAAACCCUCUGACACAACAGAUGAGUCAUCUUUCAUUAGGCAGUACUGGAACAUACAUGCCAGCUACAACAGCUAUGCAAGGAGCCUACAUACCCCAGUACACACAUGUUCAGACGACAGCUGUUCCUGUUGAGGAAGCUAGUGGUCAACAGCAGGUUACAGUAGAGACGUCCAGUGACCAUUCUCCAUAUACAUAUCAGCAAAACAAAUAACUGAGAUGUCCAGUGUUGACCUUGCCUGGAGAAGGGUGCAAAGGCUGAAACAAUCAUGGAUUUUACUGAUCAAUUGUGCUUUAGGAAUUAUUGACAGUUUUGCACAGGUUCUUGAAAACGUUAUUUAUAAUGAAAUCAACUAAAACUAUUUUUGCUAUAAGUUCUAUAAGGUGCAUAAAAAAACCCUUAAAUUCAUCUAGUAGCUGUUCCUAUGAACAGGUUUAUUUUAGUAAGAAAAUUUUUAUCAAGUGUUAUGAUGCAAUUUUUUUUUUUCAAAUUUCUGGGUAUGCACAGAUGACCACGAAGACUUAUUCAUGUGCAUGGCAGAAUUUGUGGGGGUUUUUUGUUUUUAUUUUUAUUUUUAUUUUUAUUUUUUUUAUUGUAUGAAAUGGGUUUUCAGAAGUUUAAAGUAGUAAAACAUCUUAGGUGAUGAUCUGUGCUUGCCGUGUGUGUGUUGCUACAGUGCAGUGUUGCAGUUCGUGUCUGUUCUCUUAGCUUUCCGUUUCUCCUUUAACGUAGCGUAAAGUGUCUUAUCCUUUUCUAUAAAUUCCAAUUUGCCUUAAAUCUUUCAUGCUGUAGCUGUCUCAGUAAGUAGUCCAAACUAAUGGUGUAGAAUGCUUUGACCAAAUGAGCUGGUCUAUUAUGCCUUGUAAAACAGCAGCAUAGGGCUUUUAAAAGGUAGUCAAUAAAAAUUGCUGAAAAUUUGGCUUUUUUUAAUGUGUAGUAGGUGUUUUUAAUUAAUUUUUUUUCACAUAAUAUGUAAGGUAGUGAAAUGCAGGAGGGGAAAAAUGUUUUGCGUGAAACACAUUUUCUGACUGGGGGAAUUUUAAUAGGAUAAAUUGUUUGUAAGGCCAUAUGCCAAUAGUUUCCUCUGAUAGUUUGAAUGAUUUAGGAACUCUGCUGUAUGAUGAAAUGUAAAAUCUUUUUUUUUUUUUUUUGCCUUUUUUUUC